AUGCCGGAUCUGUUGGCUCCCGGCGCGACAGGAUCCGCGAUGCGGUCGACGAGCAGGCAGCGGGCGCGGACCGACGCCCACCUGCGUAGGAGCAGCGUGUGGGACCCCUUGAAGAAGAUUGGAAGCUGGCUGCGGCGGGAAGAGGAGGAGCAACCGCCUUCUUUAAAGCCGGACACCAAAGAAGUUGAACAUGCAGACGAGAGCGGUCGGCCACAGACGAGUGGGGAAGACCACGGCCGUCCUUCGGGAUUUCUCCACAGGCGGACGAGUAAGAAGGCAGUGCCUGGCCUCCCUCGUCCGCUGACCUUCAAGAGGAUGAAUUCGGAGAAGAGAGACAACCUGCUUCCGGUCCCUGAAGAUGCAAUGCACAGACGGGCUGCGUCGGUUGAUCGAAGAGGGUCCCGUCCUGCACCCCAACGGGCCCUCUCGCCACCGCGCGUGGCCAUACCUUCCAUUUCCGCACCCGAUGUGUUAAGUCCGCAUCAAAGUGCUAGCGAACAGAAACCAGGACCUACAAUAGGCGGCGCGCCAGACUCAAACAUCCCCGCUGGUGCACACCAGGUAGACUAUUCCAUGGAAGACCGUUUAGACUAUCUCUCUGCAGGGGAACCCCCGCCCCUCUCAAUUGCUGGAGACUCCUUCUAUGAGAGGGGCUCACACGUGUCAGGCUCUGACAUCGAUGAAGUUAUGUUACAAGAAGAGCUUGAAGCCAAAUGGAUCCUCAACCUUAGCAUGCACUUUCGCGAUCGGUCGGAUCGCGAGAAGUUUUUCAUUACCUACGCAGAGGAGCCCAACAAGUGGAGGCGUGUCACCGUAUCUUGCGACUACCGCAACCUGACCCCUGAUUCUCUCGAAGCUGAUCUCAAAAGCCUGCACUAUCAGCGCGACAAGAGCGCCAGGAUCUAUGAGGCGAUUCGCGACUCCCUUCCUGCAAUCCAGUUCUAUGAUACAGUCACCAAUCUCAAGCUUGAAACCACUGAUGGACGUCUGCACGUUCAUGUUACAGAGGACGUCAACGAGAUCAUUCCAUAUCCUUCGAUAUCUGCAAUCCACCAUUUGUCAUGUAAAAGAUUCAAAGAAAGCGCCGUCAGCUUCGACUCCCACAUCUCUGGGUUCGUGUAUAAAGUGUCGGUAAACCACAAGUUGUAUAUCAAGAAAGAGAUUCCCGGCCCAGACGCAGUCGACGAGUUUUUGUAUGAGAUCAAUGCACUCUCCAGCCUGCAGGGGUCAAACUCGGUCAUCCAGUUCGAGGGCAUCAUCGUUGAUGAGAAGAGCGAGGUUAUCAAGGGAUUAUUGAUCAGCUACGCGGAACAAGGCGCCCUGGUCGAUGUCCUCUACGAUUACAGGAAUACGGAGCACUUGCCGUGGCAGCGGCGAGAGAAGUGGGCUCGGCAGAUUGUCGAAGGUCUGUCAGAGAUUCACGAAGCUGGUUUCGUACAAGGUGACUUUACGCUGUCGAACAUUGUGAUCGAUCACGAAGACAACGCCAAAAUCAUCGACAUCAACCGUCGUGGGUGCCCCGUAGGAUGGGAGCCUCCAGAGCUCGCCCGACUGAUUGAGAGCGGCCAACGCAUCUCCAUAUACAUAGGGGUCAAGUCUGAUUUGUUUCAGUUGGGAAUGGUGCUCUGGGCUUUGGCGGAGCAGGAAGACGAACCGGAACGACAGGAACGGCCGCUGGCUCGCUCACUGGAUCGGCAGUCUUCCGUUCCAACGUACUUUCGAGAGAUUGUUAAGGCCUGUCUGAGUGAUAAUCCUAGGGACAGACCGUCGGCGAUGAGGCUAUUAGCUCGGUUUCCUGAUCUAUCCGACAGACAAGCAGGGCGGGGAGACAUUCGUUACGAAGAUCCGGUGAGGAGGCAGAGCGAUUAUGAGACUUUGGAUCAUUCCAUCAUCAUCAAACCCGAUUCUGCCGGUCGGAGCGGUCACCACCGAUCCCGAUCAUCGUUUUCAAACGUGCACAUGCCCUCGACGGAAUACCUUGAUUCGAGCGGUUCAUACAUCAUACCGGAGCACUCCAGACGCCGGUCCCACAGCAAUCGAAGCCACAGCAGAAACCCUCGAUCGGAUUACUCACCCUACCAUGGACCCAGGUCCAUCAUGUCGCUGGAUGACAGCGAGCUCGAAAACGAACCAGCCAGUCUGCCCGCGAGUCGUGGAACCCGCUGGGAGCAAGUCUAUGUCGAUGGCGACACCAAACUGGUACAACGUGGCGGCCUCGAUAUUGGCCCAGGGGAUUUUGAGCCGAAGGAUGUGUGCAUCACGACUCCGCCUACUGAGUUGUGCAAUUCUUUCAUUGAGAGUCGGCGAAGCGAUGAUACGCCUCUGAGUAUGUCUACAGUAGCAGAACUACGCCCAUCGCUUGCACAGCAAACCGCGAAUCUGUCAUACACUAGUUCCGACGUUGGGCAGCGCCGGCAGCCGUCAAACAAGGCGUCGUUCAGCGAUCGCGUCCAUAACCCCAACCGGACUGACAAUCCUGAGCUAACCAACACACUGACCAAUCUUGAAAGCGAGAUCGCGAUGGAUGCGAGCAUAGCAAGUAGCUCAGGUUUUGCCGCAGGAGAUAUUGAUCAAUCCGCUGUCUUCGGUGCGCCUCUGCAUCAGGACUCUGGAUUCAAUGAACCUGAACGGGUGCGUGUAUCUCUUGAAAGCGAACGAAUACGGCAGAGCUUGGAAGAGAAUGCGGCGGAUCUGACGAUCGCAGAGGAAGAG